GACAGUUUUUCUUUCUCAAUUUUAGCAUGCAUAGAAAUCAAUACUUCCAAUAGAACCAUACAAUACAUUUCUGUAAAUUUAUUUUGUACAAUUGUUAUUUCAAUAUUUGAAUGAAUAUUAUGGAUAAAUAUCAAACUGGGUUUUACAUUGUAACGCUUCAUAACUCGGAAAAUCAUCGAGUGAAGUCCGGUUGUAAAAAUGUAAUGGGUUAAUUUGUGUUUAAUUUAGUCAUAAUGAGUAACAAGAGUAAUGCCGUUCUUUGUGCAGUGUUUUUUAUGUUAGUUUCAUAAAUAAGACACUAAGUGAACAUCAUGAGGUUUCACAGACGAUGCGGUGACAGGGUUACGCUCUUGCAUGAUAAUACAACUGCAGUGAGAAAUUUCGUAGAAUUCAAUCAUGGUUUAAUAUUAAGUGCGGACCCUAUUUGUGAUGAUGUUAUAUUCGAAGUGUGCAUCGAUAGAAAGGUCAAUGUGUGGAAUGGCAGUUUGGAGAUCGGGGUCACCACCCUGGACCCUGAAUAUAUGGAAUUACCAGCAACAGCGACGAAACUUCGAAAUACAGCCUGGAUAAUGUCUGGCAGCUCAAUAGUCAAAGACGGUGUAACUCUGAUCAACUCAUACGGGCCUGAACUUGACACUCUUCACGAGGGUGACUGCUUGGGAGUCAUGCGGACAAACAAGGGCGAAUUAAUGUUCUACGUGAACGGACGGUGUCUCGGCAUCGCGGCGCGUGACAUGCCGCCGCGCCUCUUUGCCGUCAUCGACCUGUACGGUCAGUGCGUGCAGGUGUCCAUCAUGCAUGCGAACAGCAUGAGAACCAUCAUGGAGAAUAGCUUGGACCUGAUCGAGGAAGACCCCAACAACGAUGACACGCUGACCUCCAGUGAGAUAGAAACGUCAAUGAAUCAAGAAACUCCCCAGCCAAAGCCCAGCAGAGAGAUUUAUGUGCCCAUGGACGGAGAGGGUGCGUGUGCGCUCGUUGCACAAGACCGGAUCAGAUUUCAUCCAAGAUGCGGGAUAUUGGUUAAAUUAUCUUCAAACAAUAAGUCGGCGGAACGGGCCCGGCCAUUAGACGACUACAACAAUGGCGUGGUGAUGACUCAUAGACCACUGUAUGAUAAUGAACUGUUCGAGAUUCGAAUAGACAGACUCGUGGAUAAGUGGAGUGGCAGUAUUGAGGUGGGGGUGACGACCCACAACCCGGCGACCAUACGCUUCCCCUCCACCAUGACGAACAUGGACACGGGCACCAUCAUGAUGUCGGGGUGCAAGGUGCUGCUGAACGGCCACGGCACUUGCAUGGAGUACGGCAACUUCAACUUGGAUGAAUUGAGGGAGGGCGACACGGUGGGCAUGAUGCGCAAGUCGUCGGGCAAGCUACACUACUUCAUAAACGGCAUCGAUCAGGGUGUAGCCACUGACAAGGUGGACCCUCAAGUGUGGGGGGUCGUCGACCUGUACGGGAUGACUGUUAAGGUGUCAAUAGUGGAUCCCUGUGAAGAGCUGGACACCAACGUGUUGGACAUGCCCAGCGUGUCCAACCUCCCCGACCUGCCUGUGCCCGCGAGUACUAGCAGGUUCAGACCUCAAAUAGACGAAGACAGUCUUUUAUUUCAUUCGCUGCGUGAUUCGUAUGUUAUUAUUAUUAACGAUGGUAAGACUGCUCAUCGGCCUAACGCUUUCGAAUUCUUCAACAACGGAAUAGUGAUGACGAAUCGAACGUUGAGGACCAAUGAGCUGUUCCAAGUGAGACUCGACCUGGUCAUACCCAAGUGGGCCGGCAGUAUCGAGAUAGGGGUCACGCAGUAUUCCGCGAAUGAUAUAAAAAUACCGUUUAAAAUGAGUCACGCAAAAUCAGGCACUUGGGUCAUGGCCGGCGAAGACAUAAUACGAGAUGGGACCAUCAUCAUCCCAAAAUAUGUGAGAAACCUCAACAGAUUAUCGGAAGGCGAUACAGUGGGAGUAAUGCGCAAGGACAUGGGCAUACUGCACUUUUUUGUCAACGGAAUCGAUCAAGGUCCAGCUGCGUUCAACAUUCCAGAACACGUUUUUGGUGUUGUUGAUCUGCACGGCCGCGUUGCACAAGCGACGAUCGUGGACACGUAUAUGCCGCACACUACGUUCUCACCGGAGUCACCGAAUUCCAUCGAAUCCGCUACAACCGUUUAUCCGGAGAUGUGUUUCCACCGCGUGCACGGAUCUAACGCGCGUCUCAGCCGCACGCGCCUCACCGCGUCCCGCACGGCCGUGUACUCGGAGUUCAACGACGCGGUGCUGUUCAGCUCGCGGCCGCUGCGCGAGUGCGACAUGUUCGAGCUGCGGAUCGACGCCAUGGUCGACUGCUGGAUCGGCAGCUUGGAGAUCGGUGUGACAGCGAUCCGUCCCGACGAUCUCGAGGACUGUGUGCUAGCGGGCACCGCUACAGACCUCAUCUAUGAUACUUACAUACUGAGCGGCUCCGCCAUGAUGAAGGACGGCGAGUGCGUGCGCAGCGGGUACGCGUUGGACCUCGACACGCUCACCGUGGGCAGCCGAGUGGGCAUGAUGUGGCAUGCGGACAGAAGCCUCCAUUACUAUUUGGACGGCAUGGACAUGGGAAAGGCGUGGUUCGUCCCGCAUUUAAAUAUUUACGCUGUUGUCGAUCUAUAUGGACAGUGUACACAGGUGACAAUCCUGCAAAACGAAGAGAGAACGUUCAACUACAACGGCUGUCCACUUGCUGAUAAUCCGUUUAUGGGCCUUCCGAGGAUGCUGGCAACACCGCCGCCUCCAUACUGGAGUUUCUCUGAGUACUACGGGGACAAUAUACGCGUUUCGCACGAGUACUCGAUAGCGCGGCGGCUGACUAUGGACCCCACCGGCGCGUUGGUCUUCAGCGCUAAUCAUUUGGUCGUCGGGGAGAUGUUCGAGAUAAAAAUAACGCACUGCCAAGACUCGUACGCGGGCGGGUUCCGUAUGGGCGUGACUGAUAUCAACAUACUGAACGCGCACGUCAACAGGUGUCUGCCUCCGUCGAUCAUCUACUUGCCACAUUACACGGCCUACGUUGAUGGUAGGUACAUGAAGUACACGAAGCCGGGCACCCGGGAGCACGACUGGCGCGCGGUAUCCCCUUCCUUCGAGUGGCUGCGGCCCGGCGACCGAGUCGGCCUCAAGAAGACAUCGGACGGACGCGUCGUGGUAUACUACAACUGCGAGCCGAUGGACACAGCGUUCGAGCGGGUGCCCGAUAAAGUCUACGUAGUCAUGGAGCUGUAUGGUUGCGUCUACAAGAUACAAUCCGUAAGGAGGGACAACGUGGUGGUGUUGCCGCAGACAAUACCGAACGACAUGUCGCUGUACAUAAAGCCGACCACGGAGGUGGAGGUGGAGGCCGCUUGCGAGAGCUCCAGCGAGACGGACGGCAGCGUGUCCGCGGCGAGCGUGCUGCCGGUGGAGAGGCGACGACGGUCACCAUUGCCGUAUACCUUCCACUACGUGCACGGCAACAAUAUACGCCUCUGCAGCUCCGAUACGGUAGCUGUACGCACUUCGGGGUAUCAAGAUGCGAUCGCGAUUGUCAGCCAGCCCCUGAGAAGGGGACACAGCUUUAGAUUCCGCGUGGACAAAGUGGACGACGAGUGGCUGGGCAGCGUGGCGAUCGGCGCGGUGGCGAUACUGCCGGCGGAGAGCGUGCCGCCGUGCGCCAUGCGGCUCGACCCCGCGGCGUGGGUGCUCAAUAGCGAACUGAUUUACGAUGGCACUUAUCUGCGAACACCAAUGGCGUUAGAGCUAGAGGAAGUGAACGAGCACUCGGUGCUGACGCUGCACUUCCGCUUCAACAGCGACCUGGUGGUGGACCUGGACGGGCGCGUGCUCGGCGUCAUCGGCUCCGUGUCCCGGCUGCACAGCCAUGUGUACCCGCUCGUGGACUUGUAUGGGAAAGUGUGUCAGGUGUCCGUUCUCCUGCAUCCGUACUCUAUCACCAGUGGAACAUCACUCGACUUGCCAAUAAUCGCCGAAAAUAGAAGAGAAGAGACCUUAGCCGAACUGGAGCUCGAGCAAGACAACACUGAAAUGAGAUUCCAAAGAAGAAAUCGUGCACACAGCCAGAACAAUUUGAUAGAAGAUUUCGAAUCCCCACAGCCUGGCUCCAGCCUCGACUUAGAUCUACCGGACAACGAGGUCAGAAAGGAAACAGGGCAGAACCGAGUCAUGCACCAGAGCCUCAUCCUACCCACAGUUGACAACAGGGACUGGGAAUACAGAUGCGUUCAAAAAAGCCACUCCACGCACAACUUCACAGCUAAUGAGUACGAUCUUAUCGACAUGCGCCGUGCUUUCCCUCAACGAAGCGAAGACAGAUUCUGCGACACAAACAUACAGCACAACGACAGAUACCCCGAAGCGAGCGAGUUGGAUCUAGAUAACGAGAUAAUGGACGCUUUAACGUUAGAAACUGGCAAUUUGCCCGAUUUGACGGAAGAGCAGUCGUCUUCGUUGGACGAAUCGACGCGCCGUGACGACAGCUCGGAGCCACUUUCCGUUGAAAACUUGAAUUACUUGAACCGUAUCCUGUGCCUCGACCAAGAGAGCGAGGGUAGUUUGGAAGCGGAGUGGGAGGCGUCGGGCGAGGGUUGUGAGCACCUGCACCUCGUGCUGAAGUACUGGAGCUUCCUGGUGUUGCCGUACCCGGAGUUGAGGAGGGCGGUCUCCUGGGGGGAGGUCAAGUGUUACUGCGCCAACUGUGCACCGGACGCUGGGCCACCGUUCGCUGGGUGGGUUCGCAUCGAGCGCAUAGACGGCGUUGGUGCAGCCCGUCGUGGCUUCUGGCACGUGGCACGUUCAACCCUCGGAGCUGCACAGGGUGCCCGCGGGGCGGUAAUGGGACCUGCCGGGGUGGGGUUGGGGGGUGGGGUGCUACGGCGUCCACGUGCACUCGCCUCCGCGCUGUCCACCGCACUCGCUGACAUAUGGAUGGAUGAAGAAGGAAAACCGCAUCACACUGUUUUAGCCAUAGAAAUUGAUAUUGAAGGCAACGAAGCCGAGAAGGACCGUCUGCUAGCGUUCUUGAUCUACAUGAGAUCUCACGUCGUGUUCGUGGAAGACAACCCGCUGAGCCUGGACGAAUGACUGCCGGCCCGCUGGCUGACCCCCGCAGCCUGGUGACGUGCCCCCUGCCCCAGGGGGUAGAAAUUCCCCGGGGGGUACUUAGAGGAAUGGCCCAUCUUGCCCCCAGGGGAUACGUCGAGGAAUGCCCCAGGGGGUAGUGAUGCGCCGGGGGGUACUUAGAGAAAUGCCCCAACUUACCCCCAGGGGUACUUCGAGGGAUGCCCCACUUGCCCUGGAGGGUACUUCGAGAAAUGCCUCUAACUUGCCCCGGGGGGUUGUAAAGCGUCAACCAGUAUACGUGACCUAUUAAUUAUAGCCAAUGUAAUAAGUAAAAAGGCGCGAAAUGUAGAUAAUAAGCCACAUUUUACUUCAGAAUAGUCUCGCUCAAGACAAGAAUUGUGCCUCUAAACGUGUUAGUGUGCCGUUAUUGAAGAUACGUUAUGUUGGUAACCUAUCUACACCUUUUUACUUACAAUGCCGUCUACCCUCGUCGUUGUGAAGGUUAGACGACAAAUAUAUUAUGAUAUUUGUAAAGGUCUAGUUAUACUGGUUGACUAAAGUGUUGUGAUUUGCGGUCAAUAUAAACGGUCGGUCAACCAGCAAGUAAAUUAUAAGAGUUCGUAUAAGAAUGAUGUAAUUGUAUGCAAGUUAUAGGAAUUAUUGUGACUGGCCUUUGCGUUUAACGUUUCUAUAAUGAGGCAAAAUGUUUUGGUCUCUAUGGAAUUCGGUUGUAGCCUGUAGUUGUCGAUCGCAAAAUGUUCUCUAGUCUGUUAAAAACGUUCGAUAAGAAAAAUGUAUAAUCAAGUACACAGCUUGUUCACGGGUGCUUUUGGAGCCAGGGGAAAUUGAACGUUAUUGCAAUAUGCUUAGAGUCGCGUUUUCGAUACCGAUUUAAUGUCGAAAAAAAUGGUUUAGUCUAAGGGGUUUUAGUAUGAUGAUUUAUCAGUGGAAAAUUAAUUAAAUUCGUGCGAAAGGAAUAUUAAAAUAUACUCAUAGGUUAUAUAUAAAUGAAUAUCAAUGAUAUAUUGUAUUUUAUCGAACUUCUGAAGUAUAUGUGAACCAAUCGUAUAUUUGUUAGAAACUAGAGUCCCAUCAAUUUUACAAUACGUGUUUAUGUAAGCUAUGUGAAAUAGUCAGUGAGAUCGCUUUUAAAUAAAUAUGUAUCACUAUUACAUA